GGAAAGCUACCCAUCACCAUUGUACAGCACAGCCGACCGAACCUGUUGGGUGUGGAGUGGUUCAAGCCGCUGGGACUUUCACUUCAGGGCAUCCACGAGAUCCGCAGGGACGAACUCGACUCCAUCAUCGAAGAGUUCAAAGAAGUCUUCGAUGGUAAGCUGGGGAAAUUUGUGGGGAGGCCAAUCUCCUUUAAUCUGGACAAGGGAAUCACCCCAAUCAGGCUCAAGCCCCGCCGAGUUCCAUUUGCCCUGCGGCCCAAAGUAGACGAGCAGCUGGAUAAGCUGAUCGCCCAGGGCAUCCUGGAACCGAUCGAUCAUGCCUCAUGGGAGACCCCCAUUGUGACCCCACUGAAGCAUGAUGGGUCUGUGCGCAUCUGUGCUGACUACCGUUGUACCAUCAACAAGGCGUUGGCACAGAGCGCAUACCCAGUCCCAGUGGUGCAACAUCUGCUGCAUUCCCUGGGAUCUGGAGCAAUUUUCGCGAAACUGGACCUGGCCCAGGCUUACCAGCAACUGCCAGUGGAUGACAAAACGGCGGAGGCUCAAACAAUUGUCACACACAGGGGGGCAUUUAAAUGCAACCGCCUCCAAUUUGGAGUCAGCGCUGCCCCUGGCAUCUUCCAAUCCAUGAUGGAACGCCUUCUCCAAGGCGUUCCAGGGGUGGUGCCUUACUUCGAUGAUGUGCUCAUCUCCGGUGACUCAAGAACCCAACUCCUUGAAAGGCUCAGGCUUAGCUUCACCAUAGUCACAGACCACAAGCCUCUCCUGGGACUCCUCGCAGGCGACCAACCAACCCCGACCUUCAUGUCCCCAAGAAUGACGAGAUGGGCAAUCUUCCUAGCUGGCUACUCCUAUAGGCUCGUGCACCAGCCAGGCACAGCCAUAGGAAACGCUGACGCCCUCAGCAGAUGCCCGUCGAAGAAGCCGGUCGAAGACCCAGCCCCCACGCUCCACCUACUGCACAUUGAUGACGACGCCAGCUGCCCGGUGUCAUCCGCAGAUGUGGCCGUCCACACCCAAAAGGACCCCACACUCCGCAAAGUGAAAUCCUGGAUCCUCAGAGGGUGGCCAUCGGGAAAGCCAGAGGAAAGGUUCAGCCCGUUCGCCAGGAAACAGGAGGAGCUGUCCACCAUGAAGGGCUGUCUGCUAUGGGGAGACAGGGUGCUGAUUCCAAGCACUCUGCAACGGCGAACGUUGGAGACCUUGCACAAGGGGCACCCGGGCAUCGUCCGCAUGAAGGCACUGGCACGGAGUUAUGUCUGGUGGCCCUCCAUGGACAAAGACAUUGAACAAUGGGUCUCCAGAUGUGACCCGUGCCAAGAAGUUCGCCCAGCGCCGCCGCAAUCCGAGGUCGCGAAGUGGGAGACCCCCAGCAACCCCUGGUCGAGGGUCCACAUUGACUUCGCGGGUCCGAUGCAGGGGCGACACCUCCUCAUCGUGGUAGAUGCCUUCUCCAAAUGGCUCGAGGUGGUGCCCAUGGCAUCUACCACAACGGACGCGACGAUCCGAGCCCUGCGCCGUCUCUUCGCCACUCAUGAUCUACCGGAUGUGCUGGUCUCAGACAACGGCCCCCAGCUCACAUCCUUGGCCAUGGAGUCCUUCCUGGCGGGACUGGGCAUCCGCCACGCCCUGUCCGCCCCUUACAGGCCGGCCGGAAACGGACAAGCGGAACGCAUGGUCCGACUGACCAAAGAGGCCCUCACCAAGAUGGGCCCGGGGGACUGGCAAGAGCGCAUAGACAAUUUCCUCCUCACCCAGCACAUCACGCCACACGCCACCACCCACAAGAGCCCGGCCGAACUGUUGAUGGGCAGAAGGUUGAGGUCACCCUUGGACCGGCUGCACCCCCAAUACAGCCCGGAAGUGACCGCAACCGCCAGCCGCCCGCUUCGCGCCUUCAGCAACGGAGAUUCAAUUUUCGCGCUGAAUUUCAGCGGCUCUCCUAAGUGGCUGAAGGGGAAGAUUGCCAGCACAACCGGCCCCAAA